GUGACUCACAUUCGUUGAUUAUUCUCUACUAAUCACAAAGACAUCGGCACCCUAUAUCUAAUUUUCGGGGCCUGAGCAGGAAUAGUAGGAACUGCUUUAAGUAUUCUAAUUCGAGCUGAACUAAGUCAGCCAGGCACUUUAUUAGGAGACGACCAAAUUUUUAAUGUUAUCGUAACUGCCCAUGCCUUCGUCAUAAUCUUUUUUAUAGUUAUACCAAUUAUAAUUGGAGGCUUUGGCAACUGACUUGUACCCCUAAUACUUGGUGCUCCUGAUAUGGCCUUCCCUCGUAUAAACAACAUAAGUUUUUGACUACUUCCGCCCUCUUUACUUUUACUCUUAGCCUCUGCAGGAGUUGAAGCUGGGGCAGGAACAGGAUGAACUGUAUAUCCUCCCUUAGCCGGAAACCUAGCCCACACCGGGGCCUCUGUCGACCUAACAAUCUUUUCCUUACACUUAGCCGGAGUUUCAUCAAUUCUAGGAGCAGUUAAUUUCAUCACAACUAUUUUUAACAUGAAACCCCCAACUAUGACUCAAUACCAAACCCCCUUAUUUGUUUGAUCAGUCUUAAUCACUGCAGUUCUUCUUCUUCUAUCUCUACCAGUACUAGCAGCUGCUAUCACAAUACUUCUAACAGAUCGUAACUUAAAUACAUCCUUCUUCGACCCUGCAGGAGGAGGAGACCCCAUUCUUUACCAACACUUAUUUUGAUUCUUCGGACACCCUGAAGUUUAUAUUCUAAUUCUUCCAGGCUUCGGAAUUAUUUCACACGUAGUUGCUUAUUAUGCUGGGAAAAAAGAACCAUUCGGAUAUAUAGGAAUAGUUUGAGCAAUAAUAGCCAUUGGACUACUAGGAUUUAUUGUUUGAGCUCAUCACAUAUUUACAGUAGGAAUAGACGUUGAUACACGAGCCUAUUUUACAUCAGCCACAAUAAUUAUUGCUAUCCCAACAGGAGUCAAAGUCUUCAGUUGAUUAGCCACUCUUCAUGGAGGAAAAAUCGUAUGACAUACCCCUAUAUUAUGAGCCCUAGGUUUUAUUUUCUUAUUUACUGUAGGAGGACUCACAGGAAUUGUUUUAUCAAAUUCAUCACUAGACAUUAUUCUUCAUGACACUUACUAUGUUGUAGCCCAUUUCCAUUAUGUUCUAUCUAUAGGAGCUGUUUUCGCAAUUAUAGCAGGAUUUGUCCACUGAUUCCCACUAUUUACAGGAUAUACACUUAACGAAACCUGAGCAAAAGCUCAUUUCAUUAUUAUGUUUGCUGGUGUUAAUCUUACAUUCUUCCCUCAACACUUCCUAGGUCUAGCUGGAAUACCACGACGUUACUCAGACUACCCAGAUGCUUAUACUACAUGAAAUAUUAUUUCCUCAAUUGGGUCAACAGUCUCACUAAUCGCUGUUAUACUAUUCAUAUUUAUUUUAUGAGAAGCUUUCUCUGCUAAACGUAAAGCUAUUGCUACAGAUCUUCUCAAUACUAACCUUGAAUGACUUCAUGGCUGCCCACCUCCCUAUCAUACUUAUGAAGAACCAGCCUUUGUUCAAACUAACUUCAAGAAAAGA